CCCCCGGUUGAGGAAGUGAAUUCGCUGACAGGGCUGGGUUCCGUAAGGGAGCUGAAGAGAAAUAACAUCGACUCGGGAGGGGCAAAAUAUUAACAAAAUCACACAAAGAGUCGAGCGUGCACAAUAAUUUGACAGCCGAGAGACACCAGUGAACGUUUAUUUUUCCCGUGAGAACGUCAUCGAGAACCGCAGACAUGAAUGACCAGCAGUUGGACUGUGCCCUGGACCUUAUGAGGCGUUUGCCUCCCCAGCAGAUCGAGAAGAAUCUCAGCGACCUAAUCGACCUGGUGCCCAGUCUGUGUGAGGACCUCCUGUCCUCCGUGGACCAGCCCCUGAAGAUCGCCAGAGACAGAGUGGUGGGCAAAGACUACCUGCUCUGUGAUUACAAUCGCGAUGGCGACUCCUACAGAUCUCCCUGGAGUAAUAAGUACGAGCCCCCCAUCGAUGACGGUGCCAUGCCCUCCGCACGCCUGCGUAAGCUGGAGGUGGAAGCCAACAAUGCCUUCGACCAGUACAGAGACUUGUACUUUGAGGGGGGCGUGUCUUCCGUGUACCUGUGGGACCUUGACCACGGCUUCGCUGGCGUCAUCCUGAUCAAGAAGGCGGGAGACGGCUCCAAGAAGAUCAAGGGCUGCUGGGACUCCAUCCACGUGGUGGAGGUGCAGGAGAAGUCGAGUGGCCGCACGGCCCACUACAAGCUGACCUCCACUGUGAUGCUGUGGCUGCAGACGACCAAGUCCGGCUCCGGCACCAUGAACCUGGGGGGCAGUCUCACCCGACAGAUGGAGAAAGACGAGACCGUCAGCGAAUCCUCCCCCCACAUCGCCAACAUCGGACGCCUGGUGGAGGAUAUGGAGAACAAAAUCCGCUCCACCCUGAACGAGAUCUACUUUGGGAAGACCAAGGACAUUGUCAACGGCCUAAGGAGCGUCCAGACCCUGGCUGAUAAAUCCAAGCAGGAGUCUUUGAGGAACGACCUAAUGGAGGCGCUCAAACGCAAGCAGCAAAGUUAGAGACGCUGUUAUAGUCCUCUUUCUCUCUCUCUCUCUCUCUCUCUCUCUCUCUCUCUCUCUCUCUCUCUCUCUCUCUCUCUCUCUCCACAUCUCCAUCUCCAUCUGUCUUUCCUCUCUCUCCCUGUCUCUAUUACACAGACUCUACACACCUCAUUCUUGCGACUCCCAUGUCUUUUUUGUUUUUUUUGUUUGUUUAUUUUUCUUUCUCUCUUUUUUUGUUUUUUUUUGUCCCACUCUUUGUUGGUCUCUCCCUCACCACCACCACCUGUCUCAGUGCUGCACUCUCUGGAAAAAAAUGAAAAAAAAGGAGAAAAUGCUUAGCUUUUAAUGUUUUUUUGGGCUUUUCUUUGUUGAGGCGUCUCAUUCUCAUCAAAGCCAUUUGCCACCACUCUGUCGUCUCUCUCUCUCUCUCUCUCUCUCUCUCUCUCUCUCUCUCUCUCUCUCUCUCUCUCUCUCUCUCUCUCCCCCCCCAUUUUCUGUCUGUCUGUGUUUCCGAUGUUUAAGUAAAUAAUCUGAUAGUAUUAUGAACGGUUAAAGAACACAUUUCCGAAUGAGAGUGGCUUUGAGCACUCCCCUCUGCUAUCGAUCCCACACAGACACACACACACACACACACACACACACACACACACACACACACACACACACACGUGUACGCGCACUCACACUUUGCAAAACAAACACACACUUGCAAACACUCACACACAGUUGUGUAUGUGUAUGUGAGUGACGAGCCUUACCUCUGUAGCAUCACAAAGGCCCACAGACUGAAAUGAAUCUCCACACA